CGCUCUGAGUAAUACUUUGGUAGUAAAUAUGGCUGAACGUAAUUUUUAGUGAAUAAUCCGAUUUCAGUGUAAUGUAUUUAUUACCUAUAUGUUCGAAAUAAAAGCUGCGUUCAUUUUUUUUCCAUCUGAUAUCGCUUCUCUAAAGAUUGAAAACCGAAGUUUUGAUUCCGAUGGCGACUAUACUCCAAAAGAAUGGUGUUAAACCAUUAGCAAAUGGUAAUUCACUAGUCCAUGCCCAUGAGAUGGCUCCUAUCCAGGAGAUGCCUGUGGAACAAGUGCCCAAUGCAAUUAGUACUGCAAAUACAAAUGCAGAAAACAUGCCCCAAAUAAUGGAAGAUGAGGAACCAGAAAUAGAUAUUGUUAUAAACAAUGUGGUGUGCAGUUUUAGUGUGAGGUGCCAUUUGAAUUUACGUGAUAUUGCUUUAAAUGGUGUAAAUGUAGAAUUUAGACGAGAAAAUGGAAUGGUGACAAUGAAACUUAGAAGACCUUAUACAACAGCUUCUAUCUGGUCUUCGGGAAGAAUCACAUGCACUGGGGCUACUAGUGAAGAACAAGCUAAAAUUGCCGCAAGGCGUUAUGCAAGAUGUUUACAGAAAUUGGGAUUUCAAGUUCGAUUUCACAAUUUUCGUGUUGUUAAUGUCUUGGGCACUUGUUCCAUGCCCUUUGCAAUAAAGAUAACAGCAUUUUCAGAAAAGUUUAGAGACUGUGCAGAGUAUGAGCCAGAACUACAUCCUGGUGUAACUUAUAAAAUCAAACAACCAAAAGCAACACUUAAAAUAUUUUCAACUGGCAGUAUUACUGUAACAGCCCGAAGUGUAACUGAUGUACAACAAGCAAUUGAACACAUAUUCCCACUAGUUUAUGAGUUUAGGAAAGUUAGGACUGCAGUGGACCAAGAGGUUUGGGAUGCAAAACGUACUGCAAAAACAUUAAAAAGAAGAUAUAGUGAUACAAAAUCACCCAGUGCAGGACUGGGUAUUGAUUUGAGUGAUGAAGAUCUCAUUGAUAGUGAAGAAGUGGAUGAUUGGGAAUAAAUCGUUCAACUUAGCCUUGUCGAACCACAAGUGAUCGUAAACCAUUGCUUAUUUAUAUCAAUAAUUUAAUAAACACUUAAGGGAGCCACUGCCUAA